UACAAGAGGGAAGGAAGAGUGGGAAUACAGAAGAGAGAUAGAGGAAGACUAGGCUGAGCGGUUAAGCCAGGUGCCCCGGACAGCCAAAGCACAGACAUGAAUAACCGCUCCAUCGCGUGGUGGCUGAGACAGAUCGGACUCCCUCAGUACACCAAGAACUUGGAGGGCGAAUUCUAUGGUCUGGAGGGCUUACUGAAUGUGACAGAGGAGGAGCUGAGAGGAGCAGGUGUCGAGGACCCCAGCCACAGAGAGACCAUCCUGAAGGAGCUGGAGAGGCACAGGCACAGAGUGGACCCACACUCUGGAGACCAUGUGAAGAGAAGGGUCAGCCGAAAACAUUCACUAGGAUCAUCCAUGGACCUGGUGAAGCCACGGAAGGACCUGUUUCGCCAGAGCGUCCUGACCCACCUCCAGCGUGCCGACAAGAAGCACCGCCUCUCAGCCUCCUGCUCGCAGCUCCAGCCCCUGACCAAGGAUCACAAGGACCUGAAAGAGGAGAGUAAACACAGCAAGAGGAGGAGUGUGGCCACAUACCUCAGCCAGUUCAAGGUGUUCCACGGCGGGCGUAGGGAGAUGGACGCUUUGAAGAAGGAGCUGGAGGAGGAGCUGAAACUGAGCACAGACGACGUGAGGAGUCAUGCCUGGUACCACGGGGCCCUCAGCAGAGAGGCGUCCGAGGCUCUGCUGGAGAGAGACGGGGACUUUCUGGUGCGUGAGUCUAGCUCUGCUGAGGGGGACUAUGUUCUAAGCUGCUUCUGGAAAGAUGACCCCAUGCACUUUAAAAUCAUACGGGUAGUACUGCGGCCCAAAAAGGGUUACUCGCGGGAGCUGUUCCAAUUUGAGGAGGACCGUUUUGAUAGUGUUCCGGCUCUGAUCCGGUUCUAUGUUGGGGGGCGGCAACCAAUAUCCAAGGCCUCUGGAGCUGUCAUCUUCCACCCAAUUGCACGCACUCUCCCCCUACGUGUCAUCAGCGAGCGACAGGAGGAGAGUAAAAACAAGUGCAAGAGAAUGCCCAACUCAGACCGGGUCAAACGCCGAAGUUUCAGCACAAUACAUGGUGAUAUGCUGCAGGUGACCAACCCUCUGCUCAGAAGUGGGAGUCACCCGACUAAUCUGGAGAACGUGGGCUGUUCAGCAUCACUACAAUCUGCACAGUCCGACAGUAACCUCCGUACAGGAGUCCCACAGAAGGUCGAGAGUAGAGUACCUCCUCCCCUCUCUCCAGUGUUCCGCACCGGGAGUGAGCCUCUGCUGAGCCCUCGAGCAGGACACUCACGGCCCUGUCUUCCAGGUGGAGGAGUGACUCUAAGAGGCUCCGACGGACAGUUACACCAACGAGCUCCACCUAAGCCCCUGCGCAUCUCCACCAUGUUCCCCAACGCUGUGCCCCCUCCCCCAUCCAACACAGACAGAGAUCCCUCCUCACUCUAUGAUGAGCUCAUCAUACGGGUGCCCAUGCGGCGUAAAGGACAUGUAGACCGUCUGCGAGCAGAGGAGAAGUGGCAGAGCCGAGCCCGCCUCACAGAGACCUCCUUCGGCUUCCUGGAGGCUCAGAAGAACGAGGAGUGUGCUCUACUGCUCAGGACAGAAGACAACAGCUGGACAUUUGAACGGCCACAAGUGGAGAGCACCUCCUGUUUCCGGCUGGCGGAGUUCCAGCCCACCCUGUUACCAGAGAACAACAGACCUCUGGACCCCACAGUCCUCAUGUCUCUGAAAGAACUGUUCAACCGCUACGACGCUAACACCACGGCUCUGCACAUGCUCAGUGUGGACUGCCAGGUAGCCCGUAUUAUUGGGGUGACUGAGGAGCAGAGGAGGCAGAUGGGUGUGGCCUCAGGGUUGGAGCUGGUCACACUGCCACACGGACGCCAGCUGCGCCAGGACCUGUUAGAGAGGCACCAUUUGAUUGCUAUGUGCAUGGCUGUGGACAUUCUUGGCUGUACUAGCACUGUGAGCCAGAGGGCAGCAGUCAUACAUAAGUUUAUCAUAUUGGCCCAGGCUCUGAAGGAUCACGCCCACAACCUCUUCUCCUUCUCUGCGGUCAUAAAGGCCCUGGAGAUGCCUCAGAUCAUGCGUCUGGAGAUGACAUGGAGAGCCCUCCGGAGGAACCACACAGACACUGCAGUGCUGUACGAAAAGAAACUUAAGCCCUUCAUGAGUGCACUCAAUGAUGGAGACGACUCAGUGUUGGAGGGCCCCAUCGCAGUGCCUCACCUGCUCCCUCUGCUCAUGGCCAUGGAGGGUGAGGACCCCGUGGAGAACAGUGAGCACGGGUGUCAGACCCUGUAUGACCUCCUCCAAUCAGCUCGCAGCUCCGCUCUCCACGCCAAUGACUACCAGCAGCAUGCACAGGCACUACUCACAGGCUGGGAGCCGGUGCCUGAGCUGCUCGAGGCCUUCCGCACAGAGUUUGCCCUGCGCCUGCUCUGGGGCCAGUCCGGAGCCGCCGCGGACCGGACCACUCGCUACGAAAAGUUCAACAAGAUCCUGUGUGUGCUGUCCGACAAACUGGAACCUGUGGAGCUGCCGUCAGAGGGCGAUGUGGCCAACUGCGACUGACACGGACUCACUGUGCUGUUGUUGUGUCCUCAGGCAAGACACUACACCAGCCUUUUCCCUGAUGUCUGUAUACGAUGGUGUUGAGUGAGAGAGUGCCCGAGUGUGAAUGGGUGAAUGGUUGGUAUUACGUGUUUCUUGUCAGUCUAAAUACAGUAAGUGCCUGUGCCCUCAAAGGUAACUAAUACUACAUGCAGAACAAGUCCAAGUUUCAAGAUGAAAAAAAAAGAAAAUAAUAGGCCACAUUCAUAUUUUAGAGUUUGAUGUUAUAAUUUCAGAUGGAGGGCAGGGACCUAUAUAACUCUAUGGGAGAUUUACUGUUUGGAAAGAAAGAAAAGUUAUGAUCCACUGAUGAUCCAUAAUAUCAUGGUUUAAAUUUCCCUUUAACUAAGAACAAUCACUUUCAACAAUCACUGAAGCUAUUUUGAAGAAAAAAUGGUGUUUAUUUUGUUGAUUUGUGCUGACAGAGAUGACAUUUAACUUGCGUCAGUUUCAGGUAAAGAAUACCUUCCUUAUUUGAAAAUGAUAUCUUAUGAAUGAUGAUAUCUUUAAAUCAGGAGGGUAAUUUUUUACUCCUCCAUCUAUAUUAAAUAUUAUUGGCCAAUAGAAUGUUGUGAUGUCAUCUGAAACCUAGGACAACCCUGCAAGCCUUAGUGCCUCAUGGAAUAGUGCCUUAUUCCAUGUACACAGUGAAAGAUUGGACCCUGUUUGUGUACUGUUCACAAGUGACUUCACUGUCAACAGACACUGUUUUAAGUGCAAUGUUUGUUUGUUGUUGUUAAUCUAAACAUUCUGUAUAGACCUUUUAAAAUGCUGUCAAAAUGGAGGCAAAUAGAUGUGACUGGAGGCAGAUUAAGCAGAUAUUAUGAUGUAAUGUUUUAAUGAUAAACUGACAUCAGGCCUUGAUAUAAAAAAUAAUAAACAACACAUUUGAAUUUCCAGGAUAGAAAUGCCAGUUAGCGUCUGUUAAUAAGAGAAAAAAAAAUCUAUUUUCAAGAGCCAAAUCCGUGUUUGAGUUUCACACAAAAAAUAAUUUAUGGUAAAUUGUGUAAUAUAUAUCUACUACAGUAAAAAAAAAAAAAAGAUGUGGUCUGGCAACACACAAGUAUUUGUCCAGUAAAUUCUAAAAAUCAUUGUUUAUCCUUAAAAUGGUCAUAAUCAUAAUCUCAAAUUAAAUAAAUAACUUUUUAACACAAUUAUAAAUGUCUCUAAAUCGGGCUCUGAUACCACUCUUAUGUAGCAUUUGUCACCCACAUAGAGUUUUCAUAUCCUAUGAUAUUCUGCGGUUAACUUCCAGUUUCAUUGAAAUCACGUUAUGUUUCACUUCACUUUUGCCGUCAGUUGUCUCCAUUUUCGGAAUUUAAAUGUUAUUUUUUUGUUUACAAAUCUUUAAAGGGUCUAUAUUUCUUAAAGUGCAUGUGACAGGUUAGACUACUCAUUUCACUAAACCAUAGUUAACAUCAUUUAAGAUUUGACUAAAAAUCUUGCAUAGUUUUUAUUUAUUUUCUUUAUGAAGUUUAUCAUUUUAUUUCUAGUUGGACAGCAGAUAUGACAUACGCAGAUCUUAAACAAGGGUCAAAACUUAUACAAAUUACACAAUAGUGACACAAUACACAAUAGUGACUAACACAAAUACAUGACCACACUUGUAUUUUGUUAAAUGAAGUUUAAACUGUCAGAAAAAUGCCUUCCAUGUUCCUAAGUUGUCUCAGCAUUUUGGAUGGAAUUUGUGCUAAAGUAGUCUGUUUAAGAAUUUACCACUACUUAGUGUACUUUUCAAGUUUUUUGCACAAACUGUGACUUAACCGAUGUAAAACUAUGAUCAAUAUUUACCACAGGUUCUAUCCCACUAUAUAUAAAACAUUAAAACCUGUCAUAUGCAUUUUAAGUGUUGUAUAGUUUUGUUUUUUUACCAACUUGUCUUUUGUCCCUUAUCUGUACUAGCCACACCUGUACUACGGUCUACUGGACUUUGACUGCAUUUUUAGACAAUGAUAAACACUCCCCUGCAUGUUCCUUUUUAAGGAUGUCUACCAAGUUUACCUGAAUGUGUCAAUACAAUGAACUUUCUUAUGUUUUUAAAGUUUUAUUUGAAAUUUCAAAUCCAGCCUAAACCUUAAACCUCCCACUACUGAACUACUGCUGUGAAAGACUCAUGUGCCUUUUAGUCUUAAGUAAAUGUGAUUUUAUUUUGUAAAUGUUUUGUUUUGUGGUUUU